CCUACUGACACCAAUAAAGCCAACACACCCAGAGCUACCAUGGGCAAAAGGUUAAACCAUAAAACUGCUCAUAAUCUCAAAAAGCACACACAUGAGCGCCAACACACCCAGGUGGUAAAUGAGGCCAAUGCCCAGACCUUGCCUGAUUGGUUUCGUUGGACGAGUGAUGUCAUCUUUGAGGUGGGCCUCACCGCCUAGUAAUAUAUACCAAAGCCCGGAUAAGGGUAUUCGACUACUUAAGAGCAGAAGAACAGAGGAAACGGACGUCUGAACGGACACGUACGCGCAGCAGAGAGUUUUUGAGGAAGCGCGCUGUGACAAAUCGCUCGUCUACAUUCAGCAGCCAGUGCAGCAGCUGCAGCUAAAGGGCAAACCUCGGGGAAAGAAGGGUGAACCCGAAGAGAGGCUUGAAGGGAAAAAUUGAGUGAGAAGGCCUUUAGAUAUUAACUGGAACUUAAAAGGAGGAAAACCCCGAGAAAGAGAAAAUCCACUACAGAAAGUAGAGGAAGGACGAACAAAGGAGCUUUUGAUCUAAAGGGGGCACCUCUGUCAGUGCACCAUGGUGUCUUAUGGACUUGAACUGGUCGGCGUCAUUCUGUCAGUGCUUGGCUGGGUGCUGAGCGUGACCAGCUGCGCCUUGCCAAUGUGGAGGGUGUCGGCCUUCAUCGGCUCCAACAUUGUCACAGCUCAGGUGUACUGGGAGGGCCUGUGGAUGAACUGUGUGUUCCAGAGCACGGGGCAGAUGCAGUGCAAGGUCUACGACUCCAUGCUGGCUUUACCUCAGGACCUGCAGGCCGCCAGGGCGCUCACUAUUGUCUCCAUCAUCGUGGGGGCGGUGGCUCUCCUCAUCUCCAUGGUGGGAGCAAAGUGCACCAACUGCAUCGAGGAAGAAGGGGUCAAAGCCCGAGUGAUGGCUGCCUCGGGCGGCGCGUUCAUCACGGCGGCGCUGACCCAGCUGGUGCCGGUUUCCUGGUCAGCGCAAACCAUCGUGUUUGAGUUCUACAGUCCACUCGUCCCCUCCAGUCAGAAGAUGGAGAUCGGGGCGGCGCUGUAUUUAGGCUGGGCCGCCGCCGCCCUGCUGUUGGUCGGAGGGUCCAUCCUCUGCUGCAGUUGCCCUCCACGGGACGAGAAACCAGCGAGGUACAGCGUGCACCCUCAGAGUCGCAUGGCGUACUCUGCCGCGCCGAGGUCCAACGCUCCAAGCUCCUACAACAGGAGGGACUACGUGUGAGGGGAGAGGACGGGGCCGAAGAGGAAGAAACGUAACCUCCUUCAUAAUGUUUGUUUGAAUGGACUUGUAUCCUGCUUGUUUGUACAUUAUCAGGAAAUGAGGACAGAACUGAGCUAAAUAAUAAUUAAUAGUAAAAACAAAUCAAACAGUUUGAGAAUAUUAAGCAGCAUAAAAAGUGUAAAUAUGCAGGCAGUUUUCUGAUACCUUUAAAAAAUAGAUUGGAGGGCUCCAUACAAAUGUUUUAUGGAUCUGUUUACAUUUACCAUUGGUCUAAAUCAAGUCUCAGAUGUGACCAAAUAUGGUAACAGAUGUGGUCAGUUAAGAGACUUUAUCCCAUAUACAUAUAUUUAUUAUUUGUGCUCAUAAUAUUUACAUUUUGCUCCUCGUUUUUCUGAUCAGUGUGUAAAUAUUAGUAUCUUACUGCCAAUUAUUAUAAAGGAAAUAGAGUCAAAUAGAGCUCACAUUGGACUCCAAAGCAACAUGGCGAAGUGAAAUUGUAAAAAGAAAAAUAGAUUUUUGUUUUUUUCUCAUAAUUUUCAUGUCAUUAAGGGCCCGUGUUUGGACAUUGUCCCCUGAGGUUGAUGCUUUUAUGGUGUUUGAUGCAUUAAGAUUGUGUGUGUUGGCUAAUAAUGAGACAACAUUUUGAGUUAACUUUUUGGAUGCAAAUGUUUUGUCUAGAUUUAUUGAAAUGAUUGAAAUAACUUUAAAAUUAAGUAAUAAAGAUUUUCACUUUGAAACAUCA